UAUCCAAUACAGGCUGAUUGGACUCUCUGAUCUCCCUCCGAAAAUUUCAUUUGUUGUGUUAAUUCCCAUAAAUAUCUGUUCAUUUUUUGGUUCGAUUUUAUGACAGAGAUGGUUUAAUGAAUGCAAUAACAAGUACAAGUGUCGAGUUAGUUAAGAAGGCUUGUUUUCUUUAAGUAGAGAUGAUGGAGAAGAAGCCUAAGAAGUUCCUUACUGUGGCACCUUUUGAAUGUGCCUGGCGCAACGAUUUGAGGUUCAAGGAAGCUGGAAGGGGAUGUGUGGCUUUUGAAGCUUUCGCUUGCAACGAUGUCACAGUGGUGUUCCGGGAGAAUGUGGGUAGCCAACACUACCAUUACAAAAGAGACAAUAGUCCACACUAUACUGUGAUUAUUGGUAGUCAUAGGAACCGAAGAUUGAAGAUUGAAACCGAUGGGAAAACUGUGGUGGAUGUGGCAGGGAUCGGGCUAUGCUGCUCUUCUGCAUUUCAGAGCUAUUGGAUCAGUAUUUAUGAUGGGCUGAUCAGCAUUGGCAAAGGGAGGUACCCGUUUCAGAAUCUUGUCUUCCAGUGGCUAGAUUCGAACCCCAAUUGUAGUGUUCAGUAUGUUGGGCUUAGUAGCUGGGAUAAACAUGUUGGGUAUAGAAAUGUCAAUGUAUUGCCAUUAACGCAGAAUCAUAUAUCCUUGUGGAAGCAUGUGGAUUGUGGUGAAAAUGAAGGUGAUGAGGAUGAAGGUGAGGAGAUGGAAACUGAAAUUGGAGGUUAUGAGAAUUCGGGGCUUGAAAAUUUUCUUGAGAGUUGGGAACUAUCUGAUAUGUUCUUCAUUGUUGGUGAGGAGGGAAGGGCUGUCCGGGCUCAUAAAAUAAUCUUGGCGGCAUCUGGGAAUUUUAAUUUAAGUUUGUCUGGAGAAGAUGUUAUCCAGCUCCAGGAUGCAACAUAUCCAGUUUUGCAUGCAUUUCUUCAAUAUAUUUACACAGGCCACACUCAGAUUCCAGAGUCGCAACUCAGUUCCUUGAGGGCUCUAAGCUUACAAUUUGAAGUGAUUUCAUUGGUGAAGCAAUGUGAAGAAAUUAUUGCACGUUUUAAGCUGAAUAAAAAAUUGUUCGAUUUAGGUAAGAAUGUGGAGAUAUCAUAUCCUAGCCCUCGGCCCCAUUGUGGUACAGCCUUUCCCUCUGGACUCCCCGUCAAUAUGCAGAGACUUAAACAAUUGUGCUCGACUUCUGAGUACUGUGAUCUGGACAUCUAUAUUGAGGGUCAUGGUCUUGUGGCCCAUUCACAUAAACUUAUCCUCAGUUUAUGGAGUGUCCCUUUUGCAAAGAUGUUCACCAAUGGAAUGAGUGAAAGCAUUUCCUCAGAGGUGUGCUUAAGGGAUGUACCACUGGAAGCAUUUAAGGUUAUGCUCGAGUUCAUGUACAGUGGGGAACUGAAUAAGGAAGAGAGAAUGGAUAUUGGUACCUUGCUACUCCAGCUUCUUCUAUUGGCAGAUCAAUUUGGGGUUACUCUCCUCCAUCAGGAGUGCUGCAAGAUGCUUUUAGAAUGCAUCUCGGAGGAUUCAGUAUGCCCAAUUCUCCAAGUGAUUCCAUCCAUUCCUUCAUGUAAACUUAUUGAAGAAAGAUGCGAGAGGAUAUUUUCAAUGCACUUCGAUUAUUGUACAACCGCAAGCACUGAUUUCAUCUUCCUAGAUGAGGCAACUUUUGGCAAUAUUCUUCAGCAUCCGGAUCUGACAGUAACAUCUGAAGAAAGAGUGCUUAAUGCAAUCCUACUGUGGUGUCUUCAAGCAAAGGAAGUGUAUGGGUGGGAGGUAGUGGAUGGGAUGAUGUUAAAUUCAACACCCAAACUUCUUUUUGGGGAGAGGCUUCAGUCCGUUAAUAUAUUUUUGCCCCUUGUGCGCUUUCCUUUACUUCCAUAUGAUUUGCUGAAGAAGUUGGAAACUAGCAGUCUUAGCAGACAGAUUCCAACUUUUGAUUAUCUGGUGAAAGAGGCCUUAAGUUUCUUGGAGCUUCGAGUGGUUAACCCAGAAAAUGGCCAAAAUGUAAGAUUUCAACAUAGACGAUCUAGUUUUAAGGAGCUCCAGUACAUAUGUGAUGGGGACAGCAAUGGAGUCCUGUACUUUGCUGGCACGUCAUACGGGGAACACCAGUGGGUAAAUCCCAUUCUGGCUAAGAGAAUCAUCAUUACCGCUAGUAGUCCUAAUUCAAGAUACACUGAUCCUAAGGUCUUGGGCUCAAGGACUUACCAGGGUUUAUCUUUUGCUGGGGCAAGGAUUGAGGACAGAAAGAACAGCACAUGGUGGAUGAUUGACAUUGGCCAAGAUCAUCAGCUUAUGUGCAAUUAUUACACCUUGAGACAGGACGGGUCCAGGGCUUACAUGAGAUACUGGAAUUUUCAGGGUUCUUUAGAUGGAGAGACUUGGACAAACCUAAGAGUACACGAGAACGACCAAACAAUGUGCAAGCCUGGUCAGUUUGCAUCAUGGCCAAUAGUUGGCCCCAGUGCUCUACUUCGGUUUAGAUUCUUUAGGGUUAUGUUAACGGCUCCCACAACAGAUGAUUCUAACCCGUGGAAUGUUUGCAUUUGUUUCUUGGAACUCUAUGGCUACUUCCGCUAAUUGACGUGUAAUAAAUUGUCUGCAGACAUUUCGUGCCGUGUAAUAAAAAUUGUCUGCAGACACAUUCGUGUAGUCCACGUCGUCGCUAUCAUGUACAGUCUCAAUAUUGUGAGAAUAAAUCACUAGUUGGGGUUUGACUGCUAGCCUCUCAUUUUGAUUAAA